CACCCUGCUCCUGAUAAAUUGCAACAGAAAUCACAGCAAAGAGCGUCUACUGUCAUGUUUUCUUUUCUGUCUGAUUUUCAGUCUGCGCCCCUCCCUCCAGCCUGUAGCCUGACUGGUUUCCGGCAGAACUCUUUGAAUUUGCUUCAAAGCAACGCAUCCAUGUUGAUAAUGAACAGCUCCUUCUUGCAGACACAUGGAGAGGCUUUUCAGAUUAAAGUAACAGCAGUGACUCAGCGUGGCUACGGGGAGGACACCUACCUCGUGAGCACAGUGCCUCCGCCCCAGAUCCCCAGCUGCACUGUGUCUCCCAGGCAGGGAUCCGUGCUCACCACUUUCACAGUCUCCUGCAGCCCUCCAUGCUCAGUGGAUUCAUGCCAAUCCAGGCAGCUCACAUACUGCUUCUACCUGAACUCAAAUUCUCUCUUGCACUGUGGCCCAGAUCCUGAGCUCUUCCCAGUUUAUCUUCCCCUUGGAGAAGAGGAAAAUAAUUUCAUUUUACACGUGACAAUUACCGUUAGCAACAACUUUGGUGAUACAGUUCAAACUAAUUCUUCAGUGAAGGUUGGACACACAGAUAUGAUCGAUGGGAACCUGACCCUACAGGCCAUUGUAUCUGAGAAGGCAAACAGCAUCCUAAAAGAUGGGAACAACAGCAUGAGUCUUUUCCAGCUGUUUAAGUCAGUAACCUCAGUCCUUAAUCACGAGACCCAAGAGGAAAACUUUAACAUAUCUUUACAGACGGACACACGAAAAGAGCUCCGAGGGCUGAUGCUGACAACUCUCUCUGCUGUUAACGUAACAUCCGUGCAGACUGCUCUUCAGAUGUCAGAAGUGUUGCAAGAAAUCACUCACAGGAGCGAGGAGCUGUCUGCCUCUGCGCAGGUAGAAGCUAGCAACACACUAAAAGAUGUAAGUGCUUCCUUGCUCACUGUAAACACAGAGGACAGCAGAGAUGAUCAGAAGCUAAAGGAUGCAGCCACCUACCUAUUUAAUGCAGUGAGCAAUGUCCUGCAAGCUUCUGUACAAACCAGAGCUGUGAACACUUCAGUGCCAGAGGCAGAACAGAGUUCAGUGUCACACCAGCUCCUGAACACAGUUGAAAAUCUACAGAGUGCCCUUUUGUUUGGGAAGGAACCAGACGAUGAACCCAUGGUCCUUACCACUCAUUCUGCCACCAUGUAUAUAAACAGAUUACAGACAGAAAGCCUGGAUGGUACAGCCAUUAAUAUCUCCAACUCCAGCUCUGCCAGCUUUGUUCUUCCAACAGCUUCCUCUCUCAGUGUUUCAGGAAUUGAUGAUGAAACAGUGGAUAUAAGGAUGGUGAGCUUUGCCAUGAAUCCCUUUUUCUCCAGCGACACCAGUUUUGACAUCAGUGGAACAGUGGGAGGUUUAAGUCUUACUGGUCUGGAUGGCUUGAUCAUACCAGUCAGCAGUCUCAAAGAAAACAUUGAGAUAAUGUUACCAAGGCAUUCUGCAACACAGGAAGAUAGGAUUCUGUUGAAUCUAGGCAAUUUUAGCACUUUCCAAGUCAACGUCACCUCAGAAAACACAUCUAUUGUGAUUUACCUGGAAUGUGAACAAGAUGUUCCCCUAAUACUCUACUUAGGGUACAGCUAUUGCCCUAAUGAAACUGACUAUGACCUGAAAAAUCAUCUGUUCUGUAAGAAAACUACUGGAGGUGAGACAAACACCUGGGUUCUUAGCCCAGAACUCAUUUUUGGAGAGGGAACUUACUACUUCACGGUUUUACAAGAUAUGGGAGUGGAUUCCACAGCCCAUGACAGGCAAACUAUAGCUGUCACUUGCUUCGCAUCCCGCUGUGUAUUUUGGGAUGAGCACCAGGGGAACUGGAACAGCUAUGGAUGUCAAGUAGGACCAAAAACAAGUCCUACAAGUACGCAGUGCCUCUGCAACCAUCUGACCUUCUUUGGGAGCUCCUUCUUUGUCAUACCCAAUGCCAUUGAUGUUAGCAAAACCGCACAGCUAUUUGGUACAUUUGUGGACAAUCCUGUGGUGGUGACCACUGUAGGAUGUAUCUUUCUGAUAUAUGUGCUUGUAGUUGUUUGGGCUCGAAGAAAAGACAUCCAGGAUGAUGCCAAAGUGAAAAUCACAGUACUGGAAGACAAUGACCCCUUUGCUCAGUACCGUUACCUUGUGACAGUUUUCACAGGACACCGCCGCGGGGCAGCCACAACCUCCAAGGUGACUCUCACCCUCUAUGGACUUGAAGGAGAGAGUGAGCCACACCAUCUAACUGAUCCUGAUACAUCAGUCUUUGAACGUGGAGGAGUGGAUGUUUUCCUGCUCUGUACCCUUUUCCCUCUCGGGGAAUUGCAGAGUAUUCGACUGUGGCAUGAUAAUUCAGGGGACAAUCCAUCCUGGUAUGUGAAUCGAGUAGUGGUCCAGGACCUUGCAUGGGACCAGAAAUGGUACUUCCUCUGUAACUCCUGGCUAGCCAUUGAUAUCGGAGAAUGCGUCCUAGAUAAAGUGUUCCCAGUGGCUACAGAACAGGACAUGAAGCAGUUCAGCAAUCUGUUUUUCAUGAAGACCUCCAAGGGUUUCCAGGAUGGGCACAUCUGGUACUCAGUUUUCAGCCGCUCCCCACGAAGCUCCUUCACACGAGCCCAGCGUGUGUCGUGCUGCUUCUCGCUGCUGCUCUGCACCAUGCUGACCAGCAUCAUGUUCUGGGGGGUGCCAAAGGAUCCAGCCGAGCAGAAAAUGGAUCUGGGGAAGAUUGAGUUCACAUGGCAGGAGGUGAUGAUAGGCUUUGAGAGCUCCCUCCUCAUGUUCCCCAUCAACCUGCUCAUCGUGCAGAUCUUCAGGAACGUACGAUCCCGGCCAGCUAUGCAGGGCAGAGAGAAGAAGCCGGGAAAGAAUGGCCGGGUGUCUCCAAGCCUACCUCCCACCCCACAGGUCACCCAGGCCAUCUCACUCACUCCAGAGGCUGUGAUGAAGGAUAUAAGAAGAAUUGCCAACUCCCUCUUUAAAGCCCUGAAGACUCCAUCGCUCACCUCAGUAUCAGAUCUUGGAAAAUCAACUAACAUCAACACACUUCUGGCAUUGGUUGAGGACAUCAUCUGCCACCAGAAAAGAGCUGGCCAAGAGUUUUACGAUGAGAGCAAAAAGAAGGAUGACCCCAUAACUGUCACACUAAGUGCUAUGGAUAUACCAGAAAAAGCAAGAAGCCUGACUCCAGAGAAGGGAAUGUGUGAACGACUGAAAUACAAUGAUUAUAACCGUUGCUUGUACAUGCAACUCCAGCAUGUAGAGAUGGAGUUGGAAUUACUAGGGCCCCACAAAUUUCAGAUGCCUCAGAGUUAUACACAAGCUGUUCAUCAAGUUCAGCACAUGAAGAACCUCCUAGAGAACCAGAUUUGCUCAUCAGCAUCCAUCAGUGAGAGGUGGUCUCUUACUCCAAGCUUCUCUGGCGAUGGAAAGAAAAGUUCUUCCAAAGGGCUGCCCUGGUGGUUUGUGUUCAUUGCCUGGUUCCUUGUGGCAGCCACUAGUGGCGUGUCUGGGUUCUUUACCAUGCUCUACGGGCUGCAUUAUGGGAAGGAGAACUCCAUCAAGUGGCUGAUCUCCAUGGCUAUCUCCUUCUUUGAAAGUCUUUUCAUCACACAGCCUUUAAAGGUGCUGGGAUUUGCUGCCUUUUUUGCUCUGGUUCUGAAGAAGGUAGAACAUGAGGAUGAAGAAAACAUGGCCAUUGAUGGGCCUUUGUCUGCACCAGGUGAUUCAAAACCUCUCUUGGGAGCCCGACGGGACAGCAGAAGCAAUAUUUAUCAGCCACCUCCUGCAGCUGAUGUUGAGAAAAUGAAAAUCAGCUGCAUGAAGGAGCAGAAAGCAUUUGCCCUAAUCAGAGAAAUCCUGGCCUAUGUGGGGUUUUUAUGGAUGCUCUUACUGGUUGCCUACGGGCAGAGAGAUCCCAACUCCUACUACCUAAACAAGCACAUCGAGAGCAGCUUUACAGAUGGAUUCCAUGAUGUCUACAGUUACCAGGAUUUUUUCACAUGGGCAAAAACCACCUUACUCAAAAAUCUUUAUGGAUCAUAUACAGGAUUCAUCACAGACGGCAACUCCAAGCUGGUGGGUAGUGCUCGAAUUCGCCAAGUAAGAGUGAAAGGAGACACCUGCCCUGUUUCUCCCAAACUCCAGCGUGUGAUUCGGGAAUGCCAUGCUCCGUACUCCCUACAAACAGAAGACACAUCGGACUACGGGGAGCACUGGAACACUUCGGUCUUUGCUAACUCCUCUGACUUGAGCUCAGCAUGGCAGUACCAGAGUCAGUCCGAGCUGAGAGGGCAGCCCAUCUGGGGCAAACUUGCCGUCUACAGGGGAGGGGGAUACGUGAUUCACCUGGGAACCGAUCCUAACAAUGCCUCCAGAAUUCUCCAGUACCUUUUCAACAAUGUCUGGCUGGACACCUUCACAAGAGCAGUGUUUGUUGAAUUUACAGUCUACAAUGCCAACGUGAACCUGUUCUGCAUUAUAAGCCUGAUGUUUGAAACCAAUGCUUUAGGGGCCUUCUUCACAAGUGCAGAGCUGCAAAGUGUCCGUCUCUACCCAUAUACCAACAGCCUCCACAUCUUUGUUGUUGCAGCAGAAGUAAUUUAUUUUCUCUUUAUUGUGUACUACAUGAUAGUACAGGGAAAACUGAUGAAGACUCUGAAAUGGAGGUAUUUCCACAGCAAGUGGAAUCUCCUGGAGACGGCCAUUAUAUUGAUUAGCUGGAGUGCCCUGUCAGUGUUUGUGAAGCGGACAAUCCUCGGGACCCGAGAUAUCAGCUACUACCAGGAACACAAAGAGGACUGCAUAAGCUUUAAUGAAACAGCAAGAGCUGAUGCAGUUCUUGGCUACCUGAUUGCUUUCCUAGUGCUCCUCUCCACAGUGAAACUGUGGCAUCUGCUGCGGCUCAACCCUAAACUAAACAUGAUCACUUCAACUCUAAGGAGGGCUUGGGGGGACAUCUCUGGAUUCAUCACUGUUAUUGCAAUCAUGUUCCUCGCCUAUUCCAUCGCUACAAACCUGAUAUUUGGCUGGAAGCUCUACUCUUACAAAACUCUCUUUGAUUCAGCAGAGACCAUGGUCAGUCUUCAGCUGGGAAUCUUCAACUAUGAGGAGAUCUUGGACUACAAUCCAAUUUUAGGCUCCUUCUUGAUUGGAUCCUGCAUCAUUUUCAUGACAUUUGUGGUGCUGAAUCUCUUCAUUUCAGUGAUUCUGGUUGCUUUCAGUGAGGAGCAGAAGUACUACCAGGCUUCAGAAGAGGAGGAGAUUGUGGAUCUAAUGGUAAUGAAACUUUUCAGUUUCUUUGGGAUUAAAUGCAAGAAGGAAGAAAAGCCUGCCAGUAAUGAUCAACUGAAGUAAUCUGUCAACAAUUCACCGAUAACCAUAAUGAAGAGCUUCUUUGUGGGCAAGCAGUUUUACUUUUUAACUACCAGCUGCAGUGGCUAGACUUAGGUCAUUGUGCUUCUGACAGAAACGCGGUAGCCUUCAACACAAACUGUUGUCGAUUGCUGUUGUAACAAAGUGUUAGAUGAAGAAGUUGUAUGAAACGCAAGAUAAAGUAUCCUAUGCGUACUUACAGUAGGCCUAACACCUGUAUUUAAUAAACACCGAGUGUUUGUUGCA